UUAAAUAGCGGACUUUCUUCUGUUUUCUACUUCUCAAGAGAAAUCUCUGAAUCCACCACCGCCCAUCGAUGACAAAUUUGACAACUCCGGUCAGCCGCGGAGCAGCACCGCCGCCUCCACCUGAAUACCGUCCAUGGAGGGUGGCUUUGGCGAUUGUCAGUAAACAUCUAUGGCAGAAGACAUUGGGUUCCGGGGAGGAUCGUUUUCAUAAUCGCAGAAUGACCUGUUCUGCAUUCAAACAGCAGUUUCUACCGCCGCCACAUGGAGAAGUUAAAGAACAGAAGAAGCGAAAUGGAAAAGGACAGAAGAAGCGGAGGAUUCGCAUCCGGGAUUUCACCAUAGAGGAGCGUAUGGGAGGGUCGAGGAGAGCGAUGGGUUUGAUGUCGGACAGGUUCCCGAUGAGGUUUUGGAGCCGGGUUUAAUUAGACCGAUUCCGAUCAAGUCUCCUCGUGGGCUGAAGGAAUUCAAUGAUUUGUCCAAGUUAGUUAUUAAAGAUUACAACAAACGAAAUGGGACAUCUUACCAGUUUGCCAAACUCAUCAGAGUCAAUUGCCAGUAUGUUAAGGGAAUGGUCUAUUAUAUUACCUUUCUUGGGAAGGAUGAUAGGGCUGGUGCUCCUCCCAAGAACUUCCAAGCUGAGGUGUAUGUUUGGCUGGAUGAGCCAACAAUCGAUUUUUGCCAGGUUGAACAAAAUUCCAAACUCCCUAGAGGUGCUGGGGAGACAUUGCAGCAGUAGUAAUGUGCUCACGUGAGUUACGUUAAUGGCAUUUUGGUGAAGUGAACCAAUCUAUCUUUAUUUCUAGAUCGGAAACACAGUUAGUUUUAAGUUUUUGGUUAGUGCUCUCAAACUUAUUGCAAACUAUGCCCAUAUUGGGUUCAACGGAUAAUGUUACUAAAAUAUAGCAGAUGGCGUUGUUUUAGUGGGCUCUACAUGCGUGAAUAGCCAAGUUUGGUGGCUUUUGCCAACAUUGUUGUUGUUUUGUGUUUCAAUUCCGGCUGCACUUCUGUUUGUCUGCUCAUUGUAACUUGUCCUACAGUCCUUGUAUAAUCUCAACUCUUUUGAUCACAUUUCAAAUUUUUAGUGCAUCCUUCGGAGCCGUCCCUGCUUUAAAGCACACAAAUACUGGAUUUCUAUUGCCUUCUUGUUUGCCUUUUUGGAACAAAAAUUCCAACUCAAAAAAUACUCAUUAUCCCUGCUUCCAAUCAUUACUCUCCACUAAUUACCCUUAUCUCCAAUCAUUAUUCUCAUUUCUUUUUCUACGUCUCUCCACUCAUUACCCCUACUUCCAAUCAUAACUCUCAACAAAAAUUUCUCAAAAACUCAUCCAAACACAGCAUAUAUCUCACCAAAGUCCAUCUAUGGUACACAAAUUUUUUUUUAUGGUACCCAAAAAACCACUUUAGCGGUAAGAAUUUCACGCUGAGUAGUAAGGGGGUGUUUGGUAACCUUUUUAUUUUCAGUUUUUGGUUUUUAUUUUCACUUUUUUGAAAACUAAUACAAAAAACUUGUUUGGUAGUAACAUAUUUUUACUUUUUUGUUUUUAAAAAACUUUUUUAGAAUUUCUGGAAAUUAUGAAAACUAAAAAAGGGAGUUUUACACUGUUUUGAAAACAGAAGUACGGUUUUUUUUUCAUCCCAAAGUCCCCGACGGUCGAACUCAGAUCCAGAAAAUACACGCUCCUCUCCCUCUCUCUCUCUGGCGAUGGCGUCUGGUACGAUCUCUCUCUCUCCCUCUUCCCCCUCUGGUCGCCUGUAAAACCUAUUCUCCAUCUGGUUUUUUUUUAUAUUUGUUCCUUUUCUGAAACUCGAAUUCUCCACUUGUAUGUCUAAUCUAUGUUCUCCUUGUAGAUUAUUGAAGAAUACAAGUUUAUUCAACCCUUUUGAGAAGAAGGAAUGUGUUGGAGCGAUUGACGUUACCCACAUAUCGGCAAGUGUUCUGGCAUCCAAUCAAAUAGCAUAUCGUGGUAGACACACUGUUACGACACAGAGUGUAAUGGCGGCUUGCGCUUUUGACAUGCGCUUCACAUACGUACUAAGUGGUUGGGAGGGAACUACUAAUGACUUGAGGGUCUUUUUAGAAUGUGUGAAUAGUCCUACCAUGGGAUUUCCCAAGCCUCCGGAAGGUAAUACUAUGUCGUGGAUUCGGGCUAUACUAAAAUGCCGGGUUUUUUAUCACCGUAUCGAGGAGAGGUACCAUUUGAACAAUUUCCGUGGGCAUGGCCGACGACCAAAAAAGAUACUAGAAGACAAAAGCUCGAUGUUUUGGAGUUCUAAAAACUUGAUUUCCUUGAAGCAAAUGCCACCGUAUAGUGUUCGAACACAAAAGUAUAUUCCCACAGCUUGUUGUACAGUUCACAAUUGGAUUAGGAUGCCUGAUGACAAUGAUGAUCUAUUCAGAGAAUAUUGCCAAGAGAAUAUGAUAAUGAGACAAUGUCAAAGAGUUAGCGGAAGUAGUUCCCAAAAUCCAGUUGACAUUGAUAUCACUUGUGGACAACUCCGUCAUGUGUCCAAUGUUCGUGAUCGAAUUGUCGAACAAAUUUGGGCUAGCAUGAAUCAUAGUGGAUGAUACCACUGCAAAUGUAAUUAUCAUUAUUUAAAACUAUGUUACCCUUAUUUGAGGUUUGAACUCAAAGUGAACAUCAUUUUUAUGCGAUUGAUGGAUUUGAGUUUUGGUUUAAGUAAACAUGUUUCUUUUUUUG